AUGGAGAACACCGCAGAGGCUGGCGAGCAGCCAUUCUAUGUCAAUGCCAAACAGUACCAUCGAAUUUUGAAGCGGCGGAUAGCGCGAGCCAAGCUAGAGGAGACGCUGAGAGUGCAGCCGGGGCGUCGACCCUAUCUUCAUGAAUCGCGUCACAAGCAUGCGAUGCGCCGUCCGCGUGGCCAGGGAGGGCGGUUUUUAACGGCCGCAGAAAUUGCCGAGAAAGAGCGGCUAGAAAAAGAGCAGCAGGCCGCGGGCAGUGCCGAAAACACGGGCACCCCUGCUGGCGGGCCCAGCGAGGACGAUGCAAAACUUAAGACCGAACAUUCCCAACAGGGCUCGCCUUCACCUACCUUGGACGCCCCAAUAAAGUCUGAAAAUACCGUGUCCGAAACAGGGCUGUCGACCCCCACAUCGGAAGUCCCGGCAGACGCUGCCAAGGACCUCCCCAAUUUGCUUAAAGAGGAGCCCAAAGCGUUUUUCUGA